CCCUUUUCUCAAUUUUUUCUGUCCACUUGAAUAUGCAUAUUGUGAACCGUAAACGUAAACCUGUCCUUGUCCUAUACAUAUAACCUAAAACUCACCUAACGACAAUUUUAAACACUUGUUGCUCCCGAUACCACAGGAGGGCUGACGGUCAGGUGGAUUUGGAAUUGUUGAAUGGGAAACGUUUAAAAGCUUCGAUUGAAAUAAAAGUGCAUUUUGAGCGAUUAUUUUUGACUCUAUGAAUGUGAAACUUCAAAAAUGCCUAAAUCUUAUCGAGAGCGAGCGUCUUCAACCGAUAGCGAAUCAGAGCACGCCGCUUUCAAUAACGCUUUUCGGACAUCAGAUAUCAGUACUACAACUUUUAACUCUACAAAUUUCACCAGUAUAGAUGCAAACUUGCCCACCAAUACAGAUGAAUCGGAACUCAGAAGACUUGAAGCCAAUGAUUCUUACUUGAAAAAUGUAUCGAAAAAUGAUACUCUUUCAUUCUAUCAAGACAGAUCACAAUCGUUCAUUCUCGCAGCAGGCACUGUCAAAGGAGCAAUUGCAAAUAAAUCUGUAGAAUCGCUAGGGUCAACCAUUAUAGAUGGUGCUUUGGACUCUGAUUCCUCCUUUUAUUCCCCAAGUUCCACUUUAACAAAUCUCCACCUCCUCCCUAAUAAUCAUCUGGACAAAAGAAUCUCCUCAGAGGAGGAAUUUGCAGACUGCGAGUCCAGUCCUGAAGCUGAGGCUAAAGGCACAUUGAACACCUGCAGUACAAGUUACAAAUCCCUGCGCUUAUCAUUAUCUCCUCUAAAAAAACAGUGCUCUGAAAAUAACAAUACAAUUUUCCCGAAAACCGACCAAUCCGCAGACUGCCAACCAUCUGAAAAUUCUGAUUCCGGGUUUACCUCGAAUGAACCUUUCCAUUUGUCGAGUAUAUACCUUAACCUUCCACCUCAUCUCCAACAUUUGACAACAAUUUUGGAAGAGUCGACUAUAUUGUGCAAUACCAAUCCCCAAAUUUCGGGUCCCCAAUUGGGGCCCAUUGUUGAGAAAUUGAGGAAAAGCUCGAUGCCACAUUUGCCCCAGACUGAUCUAUUCAACGAGACGAUUAAAACCCUCGCACAGAUUUUAGAAAUGUCCUCGAGACAAAUUACAGUAGAUCAGCUCGCUCUAGUUCUGCUUCACACUUUGCAAACUGAGUACAGUUACGUGGAGCACUCGAGCGUAACAGACAGCUUCAUCGAUUACGUAGAGUUUUCGAUUUCAAGUGAUAUCGAUUCGAACAAUACUGGAAUGGUUGUGGAGUCGAUCGCCAGACAGCUGAGGAGUAUUUUUCAACCGGAGAAACGUAUCGAGAGCGAGUCAGAGCCUGAAUGGCAUUAUUCUAUAAGAACUCCGAAAACUGCUUCAAAGUUAGAUCCACAGAGUGAAGGGAAAAAGAAGGAAUAUUUUCCUCCGAUUUCUCAUGUUGAAUCCAACAAGGAGAACAUCUAUUUGAAGAAAAUUAGUUGUAGAGAAGCAGUUACUGGUUCUCCCAAGAAAAACAAAGUUCGUUUUUCGGCUGAAGUUUGUGAUUUUUCUAGUUUUAAUAAAUAUACUGGCAACCCCCAGAAGAAAAAAUACGCCGUGACUCCUCGCUUCAUUCGAAAUAACGAUAGUUACGAACCGAAGAAUAUUAAUGCCACCACCGAUAGUCAAGAUGAUUCCUUUUUGUAUUGGGAGCGAAAGAUUCUACUUGAGGAGACAUCUCAAAAGAAUCUGAGAAGAAGUUUAUCAAUGUCUAACAUCUUCACACAAGAAUCUACAACUUCGGAGGUUUCAAAAUUGAUUAGGGAAAUUGAUCUUUCCAGCGAAAAUCAAAACAUUGUUCAAAAGAAAGGUCGAUUUGCGAAAAGCAAAGCGCAGGAGAGAAGCAAGACAUAUUACAAAAAGCGGAGAAGGUCACUGGAAAAAAAUGCUAAUAUUCCGGUGCAUACGAAUAUGCCGUCAACCUCGGGAAUCCAAAGUAAGAAAAAUGAUUAUAAAAACCCGCCAACGCAGAACAAACUUCAGAAGGGUAGAAAAUCUUUUGGUGUCGAUUCGAGUCAUAUUCUUCCAGUAUCUCAGGCGAGAAUGCUCUUUUCCCCUGCUGCCAGAAGAAUACGUGAACCUCAAGUACGAGAACUAAACGUGCCUCGAAUCGAAAUUUCAAAAGCAUCUCCACAAAAGUGCGAUCCGAUGCAGAGUUUGCAACUGAACAAAACAAAGCAUAAGGACUCGCCCAGAAUACCCAUGCAACUCAACAAAACAAAGCAAAAGGACUCGCCAAGAAAACCGUGGAAGCCGUGAUUUUUCUUAUUGGUUCGAAUAUUUUGUUCACAAUAAUUGAAAAUCUCUAUAAACUGUUACUAUCUUUGAUAAUUUAGAUAAUUGAAAGAGGCAGCUUAAAUUUCUCGUAUUUUUAAGACGUUAAAAACUCAAAUUGCAAGUUUUAUAAUUUUAUAUCAAGGAUCUGUAUCCGUAAAUGUCGAUACUAGAAUAAGACAAAUGUAUAAAAAAUAGAGUUUUAUUGGAAGAUUGAGUUGAGACAUUCCAUAUUUUACUAAAGUCUACGAUUUCUACCUCUUGUAAACAUUAUUGAAAUGCAGCUUUCUUAGUACAUUAAGUUCACUUGACUAGUUUUCUAAAUAAAAUUUAUA